GACACCGAUGAACGGGGGGCGUUUAGAGGUAGCGGAUAAGGUCCAGUACGGUGUGGUGCUGUGCGGGUCUGUGAUGGGCGCUGCCGCCCUGCGUGGCUGCUGCACGAACGCGGGAAACCAUUAGAUUCGAAGCGAUGCAGAGUGUAGGAGUCGUUCCGUGCAGUUGAACCUGGAUGGCCUGGUCGGCCCAUGUUCAUGUUCUGUUUGGGCUAAUGAAGUUUUGCUCUCGCGUGUGCGGCGUUUUUUAGGGCAUUUUUCGGUCGCUCAUGGCGCAAAAGCGUCACAAGAUGCCCUGAUUUAUGUUGGUAAUAAUGUUGGUGAAGCUAUUUGCAGUUAAUGGGGACCGGGUAUUAAGCAUACGCUGUUGUUCCGUUCGGAAGCAAGAAAGGAGCAGCAUGAAGAUUCAGAAACGCCACGUCCGACUCUUCCACUUUGCAAGGUGCCACAACGUCGAAAUCCUCUUUAAAAGUCGACGAGAAGCCUCGCCGCCCUCGGCGGUCACCGACCCCACACCCCCUUCACCCCCACCGGCCGCGGCGGCUGUGGACAGUGGGCUCAAGGUCGCGGACCUGGACGCGCAGCGCUUCCGGCUUCAUCCCAGCGUGGCGUACUGGCAGAACUUCAAAUCGUACGCCAACACCCUGUUUGCCGACACGGACAUGAGCCUGACGGACUCCGUACAGCAGCUUGUACGACAGGCCGCUGAUUCCGCUGUGCUCCGGGACCCUCAUGCCGCUACCUACUGGACCUACCACUCCGCUCGUCUGACGUUCUUCGUUGGCCAGGCGGUCACGGGUCUCUUAGCUCACCACCUGGCGGAGACUCUACCCUCCAACCUGCCGGGGUUUUCAUCCUGGCUGACGUCAUCAACAACAUCCGGACUGCGUUCGACUAGUGCCCAGACUAGCGCCAAUAUCACCACAGGUGCAGGUUUCAAAACCCCCCUGGAGCGAAUAUUGUCCAACGCCGGGCAGGAGAUGAUGACACGGGUCGCGGAGGCACUGGCCGCCUUCCAGCAGGACUACGACAACAUCCGAGGGGGCUACUAUCCGCUGCCCUGGGACAUGUCUCCCAGGCACCGCCAGAACAACCCCCUGUUCAUGUUGGUCAGGACUGCCCAAUCCGUACGGGAGAGUACGGCAACCCUGAGACGCCGAGUCCGCAGCCAAGCAGAGCCCGUGUGGCUUUCCAGCUCCCUCUACCCCCAGUACUACACCAACACGUUCCACUACCAAACUGACGGAUGGCUGUCAGACAGGUCGGCGCGUAUCUACGAGCACAACACAGAGCUGCUGUUCUUCGGUCGCCAAGACGCCAUGCAGCGCACCUCCCUGAUCCCCAUUUCUGAGUACGUGCGGGAGGCUGAGCUGGGUGGCCGGGGGGUUUCGGAGCUGCGGCUGCUGGAGGUGGCGGCGGGCACUGGCAGGUUCCACACCUUCAUCAAGGACGCCUACCCCUCCCUGCCCUCCGUGAUCUCCGACCUGAGCCCCUUCUACCUGGCCCGAGCCCGGGAGAACAUGCGCUACUGGAGGGACCUGCGCCAGCCCGGCCGGGGGCUGGGAGGGGUCGACGACACGGGGGUCACACAGUUCUUGCAGACUGCAGCCGAGGAUAUCGAUGCGGCCGACAACCAGUUUGACAUUCUCGUGUGUGUGUAUUUGUUCCACGAGCUGCCCGAGGCCAUCCGCCGCCGGGCCGCGUCCGAAUUCUUCCGAGUGCUCAAACCGGGGGGCUUACUGGUGGUCACGGACAGCGUGCAGCUGGGGGACAGACCCGAGUGGGACAAGAACCUCAAUCUGUUCGGGGACUUCAAUGAGCCCUAUUACAGGAGCUACACCUCGUGCGAUCUCGGGGCGAUGUUCGAGGCAGCGGGCUUCGAAUGCGAUACAAAGUACCUCUGCUCGGCCACCAAGACGCUCAGCUUCCGCAAGGCCCGGGAGUAG